AUGUUCUCAAAUAGUGAUGAAGCUGUAAUCAAUAAAAAACUUCCCAAAGAACUCCUAUUACGGAUAUUUUCUUUUCUGGAUGUUGUUACUUUGUGUCGCUGUGCUCAGGUCUCCAGGGCCUGGAAUGUUCUGGCUCUGGAUGGCAGUAACUGGCAGCGAAUUGACCUGUUUGAUUUCCAGAGGGAUAUUGAGGGCCGAGUAGUGGAGAAUAUUUCAAAAAGAUGUGGGGGCUUUUUACGAAAGUUAAGUCUUCGUGGGUGUCUUGGAGUAGGAGACAAUGCAUUAAGGACCUUUGCACAAAAUUGUAGGAACAUUGAAGUACUGAAUCUAAACGGAUGUACAAAGACAACAGAUGCUACAUGUACUAGCCUUAGCAAGUUCUGUUCCAAACUCAGGCACCUUGACUUGGCUUCCUGUACAUCAAUAACAAACAUGUCUCUUAAAGCUCUGAGUGAGGGAUGUCCACUGUUGGAGCAAUUAAACAUUUCCUGGUGUGACCAAGUAACCAAGGAUGGCAUCCAAGCACUAGUGAGAGGCUGUGGGGGUCUCAAGGCCUUAUUCUUAAAAGGCUGCACACAGCUAGAAGAUGAAGCUCUCAAGUACAUAGGUGCACACUGUCCUGAACUGGUGACUUUGAACUUGCAGACUUGCUUACAAAUCACAGAUGAAGGUCUCAUUACUAUAUGCAGAGGGUGCCAUAAGUUACAGUCCCUCUGUGCCUCCGGCUGCGCCAACAUCACUGAUGCCAUCCUGAAUGCUCUAGGUCAGAACUGCCCUCGGCUUAGAAUAUUAGAAGUGGCAAGAUGUUCUCAAUUAACAGAUGUAGGCUUUACCACUCUGGCCAGGAAUUGCCAUGAGCUUGAAAAAAUGGACUUAGAAGAGUGUGUUCAGAUAACAGAUAGCACGUUAAUCCAACUUUCUAUACACUGUCCUCGACUUCAAGUAUUGAGUCUGUCUCACUGUGAGCUGAUCACAGAUGAUGGAAUUCGUCACCUGGGGAAUGGGGCCUGCGCCCAUGACCAGCUGGAGGUGAUUGAACUGGACAACUGCCCACUAAUCACAGAUGCUUCCCUGGAGCACUUGAAGAGUUGUCACAGCCUCGAGCGGAUAGAACUCUAUGACUGCCAGCAAAUCACACGGGCUGGGAUCAAGAGACUCAGGACCCAUUUGCCCAAUAUUAAAGUCCACGCCUACUUCGCACCUGUCACUCCACCCCCAUCAGUAGGGGGCAGCAGACAGCGAUUCUGCAGAUGCUGCAUCAUCCUAUGACAAUGGAGGUGGUCAACCUUGGUGAACUGAGUAUUUAAUGACACUUCUAGAGUUACAGUGGAGUCUCCAAUGGAAGCAACCCCAGUGUUCUGGGCAAGGGUUACAAAGUGAGGGCAGCGUCCAGAUCCCCAGAGCCACACAUAACAUGCAAACCCACCCUCACCCCCACCCACUCUAGUUCUGUGA